ACGUGGGCGCGCGCUCCGCGGCCCAGCGACCGCGGGAAAAUUCCAAAAAACUCCCAACAAAAAGCCACUACGAGGCAGGGCCAGACUUUCAAGCCACAGAUCCCGGGCGGUGGCUUCCUCUCCGCCACUGCCCAAACUGCUGAAGCAGCUCCGGCGAGGACCACCCGGUAACAAUAAAUUACCUGUGGAACCAAGAGGAGAAAGCGGCAGAAAUAACUUGGAGCCCAGUCACCAGUCACAAAGGCAGAAAGAAGCUUCCUGAUAUUUUGACGACUAAUGUGCUCCUCGGCUCACUUUCGAACUGGUCUAACCAAAACCCAACAGUCUUACCGUCAGAUUUAAUGUAUGCCCACUGUUUCCUUCAGUGCUGGACAGGCUUCUGUCAAGGGGACGUCACCUUUUCCCUUUUUCCAAGAUGGCUCAAGAUUCAGUAGAUCUUUCUUGUGAUUAUCAGUUCUGGAUGCAGAAGCUUUCUGUAUGGGGUCAGGCUUCCACUUUGGAAACUCAGCAAGACACCUGUCUUCACCUGGCUCAGUUCCAGGAGUUCCUGAGGAAGAUGUAUGAAGCCUUGAAAGAGAUGGAUUCUAAUACAGUUAUUGAAAGAUUCCCCACAAUUGGUCAACUGUUGGCAAAAGCUUGUUGGAAUCCUUUUAUUUUAGCAUAUGAUGAAAGCCAAAAAAUUCUAAUAUGGUGCUUAUGUUGUCUGAUUAACAAAGAACCACAGAAUUCUGGACAAUCAAAACUUAACUACUGGAUACAGGGUUUGUUAUCUCAUAUACUUUCAGCACUCAGAUUUGAUAAAGAAUUUGCUCUUUUCACUCAAGGUCUUGGAUAUGCACCUAUAGAUUACUAUCCUGGUUUGCUUAAAAAUAUGGUUUUAUCAUUAGCAUCUGAACUCAGAGAGAAUCAUCUUAAUGGAUUUAACACUCAAAGGCGAAUGGCUCCCGAACGAGUUGCAUCCCUGUCUCGAGUUUGUGUCCCACUUAUUACCCUGCCAGAUGUCGCCCCCCUGGUGGAGGCUUUGCUCAUCUGUCACGGACAUGAACCUCAGGAAAUCCUCCAGCAAGAGUUCUUUGAGGCUGUAAACGAGGCCAUUUUGCUGAAGAAGAUUUCUCUCCCCGUGUCGGCUGUAGUCUGCCUCUGGCUUCGGUACCUUCCCAGCCUUGAAAAAACAAUGCUGCAUCUUUUUGAAAAGCUAAUCUCCAGUGAGAGAAAUUGUCUGAGAAGGAUCGAAUGCUUUAUAAAAGAUUCAUUGCUGUCUCAAGCAGCCUGCCACCCUGCCAUAUUCCGGGUUGUUGAUGAGAUGUUCAGGUGUGCACUCCUGGAAACUGAUGGGGCCCCAGAAGUCAUAGCCACUAUUCAAGUGUUUACACGGUGCUUUGUAGAAGCUCUGGAGAAAGAACACAAGCAGCUGCGGUUUGCACUCAAGACCUACUUUCCGUACACUUCUCCAUCUCUUGCCAUGGUGCUGCUGCAAGACCCUCAAGAUGUCCCUCAGGGACAGUGGCUCCAGACAUUGAAGCACAUUUCUGAACUGCUCAGAAAAGCAGUUGAAGACCAGACUCAUGGGUCCUGCAGAAGUCCCUUUGAGAGCUGGUUCCUGUUCAUUCACUUUGGAGGGUGGGCUGAGAUGGCGGCCGAGCAGUUACUGAUGUCGGCAGCGGAACCCCCCACGGCCCUGCUGUGGCUCUUGGCCUUCUACUACGGACCUUGUGAUGGGAGGCAGCAGAGAACACAGACCAUGGUCCAGGUAAAGGCUGUUCUGGGCCACCUCCUGGCAGUGUCCAGAAGCACCACCCUCUCUGUCCAGGACCUCCAGAUGGCAGCGGGACAGGGCACAGACACAGACCCCAGAGCUCCUGCACAACAGCUGAUCAGGCACCUUCUCCUCAACUUCCUGCUCUGGGCUCCUGGAGGCCACACGAUUGCCCGGGAUGCCAUCACCUUGAUGGCUCGCACUGCUGAGAUAACUCACGAGAUCAUUGGCUUUCUGGACCAGACCUUGUACAGAUGGGAUCGUCUUGGUAUUGAAAGCCCUAGAUCAGGAAAACUGGCCCGAGAGCUCCUCAAAGAGCUACGAACUCAAGUCUAGCAAGGCACGCAGGCCGUGUGGGUGCCCGGCAUGAGGGAUCAGGCUCACCAAGGCCACAGGACAGGUGAUGACCCCAUGGCCGUGCAUUCGUGGAGUAAGUGUUCUCUGUGGGCUGUGAGAAUGAGCCGUACAUAUCUUGGGAAGAUCUGCUAGUAUCUGUUUUACAAAAUGCAAAGCCAGGUCCCUCAGCCCAAACUCAGUCAGACAUGUUCACCGAUGACUUGAGUGAGCCUUCAGCCCUCCUCGUGCCUGCCUGUCCAGCUGGAGAAUGACUGGAGCAAAGGCUUGGGUGGGAGAACAGGUUUCUAAUUUUCACCCAAGUCAAGAUGCACAUCUAUUAUUUAAAGAUUCAAAGUCUGAGAACCAAGAAUUUGGUCAUGAACCCUUAAAGAAUUUAAAGAGAA